CUGCUUCUUCGUCUGCUGCUCCUUCAUCUUUCCUGUCUUCUCCUGCUGCACAUGGGGUCCCUCCUACAGGAUACCAUCCUUCCUGAUCUGAUAUGUGGGCUUCCCACUGACUGCAGUUCUUCAAGUUUAAAUCUGCUGUCACAGAGGCACAGCCAGCAUUGCUCAGUGACUCAGCUCUGGCCAGCAGUGGGUUCCAUUUCGAAACCAGCUGGAACUGGUUCUGAUCUGAUACUGGGCAGCUGCUGGGCUCUGCUCAGAGAAGCCACCUCUGCAGCUCACCUGCUACCAAAACUUUGUCACAUAAACCUAAUACACUGGGCAAAUGAACCAUAUCUCCAUACCAUGUUCAGUACAUGAAAGUUCUCCAGAGAUUGCCCUCCUGUUUCCAUCAGUUCCCUGUUGCACAGAUGAACUACAAGAGUUUUCAUUAAAGCAACACCAAUAUGGCUAUAGAGUUAACAUUGUAUAUGGUCCCUCCUUAAGCUAAUGGUAUACCAUUUCAGAACAAAUGGGAGGGGUUCUGUUAUGCAAGGAAGGAGCAUGCACAGACUUCUAGCAGCCUAACAAAGCGUAUCUACUGAUUAAAUUAAAAUGAAAACAAAAAUGUCAAGUCUUGAUUUUGUGCAGGAAAACAAAUGACAGCUUAUAUGCGUCGCUUCUUUAUGUCUCAAAAAUAGUAUUUUCCUUCAUGAACAGUGCCAUUGAUUGAUGCUAUUCAGGCAAAAGACUAAGAACAUUUUGUUCAGUAAUUAUUGUGGGCUUGAGCACACAGACUACAGACAAGAAAUCUAUUUUAAACACAAAACCCAGUGUGCCCUUCACUGCAGGCAUGGCUGUGACUAACAGCGAUGUCAUGCUUAUUAUCUUCACCAGAUGCAGAAGCUCAAAAUGAACUAUCAAGCUCAUUAGAAGACACAAAGCGAAAGAUAGCAUACAACAGACAUAGCAACAACUUACCAGGAUUCAGGCAAACUAGCUCACUACAAAUUGAGGUGGAAUUGAGUGAGCAUUAAGACCUACAGUAACUAUUCACAGAAAACCCAGAAGUCAAAUGAAGAAUUGGAUUCUUGUCUGCCUUUCAACAGUCAGGAACACAAAAAUGAUAGCAUGUUUCAGUGACUAAAACAUGACAAUAAUGUUAAUAUUGUAAUUAGACAAAAACACACGCAAUAGGCACAUACGGUAGCCAGGAGUUUGAUUAAAACUCCUGCUAAAGAAAAACUUACAGCUAGAAAACACACAAUUCCCUGUCAGUGAUGCUAUGUACCUCCUCCCCUCAGUCAUGUCUAUUGCACUUCUUUGUAUUUAGCAGAGUUCUAACUCUUCUGGAACAGAAUUUUUCUACUGUUUCCCUAGAGAAAAAUGUUUUGAAUGAGGUUCCCUAGAUGUUUUGAUUGAGGUUGGAUUUCUGUCUCUGACUUUCUCUCAGAAUUCAAGUGACAAGCAGUAGUUAGAAGUGUUAUUCAGCACUGAUCUCAGGUUUUGGCAAUACAUACUUGAGGAACAAGCAUUUGCUUUACGUAACAUAAAUAUUAUGUAUUCUAAUAAAAAAUAAUAUCACUGUUCAUUGUUGAGGUAUCUUGAUCACAAAAUGGGACAUCCACCUUAGCACUGAGAUUAGGGGUUCCAUUCAAGGUAACCAUGUGUAAAAACUCAUUGGACACAACCCAAUACCUGCCUUGAAAGCUUUAGAUAAUCCUUAGGAAACAGAAGGAGAGAAAGCAGAAAUUGAAAAGGAUUUUUACUGUGAUUUCAAUUUUGUGUUUACUUGCAAUGAAAAGAGGCCAGUGAAGCAAGAUCGUGAGUAUUCAAAGUCCUCUAUCUUGACACAGCCAAAGACAUCAUGAGAGGUAGUGAGGAAUGUGAAUGUUUCAGCAAUUCAAGGGAUCAAGUGGAAGCUUUAUUUCAGUAUAUUUUCCAGACUAUAAGAUUAUUUCUAGUUGCAGCUGGAAAUCAGAAACACUUUGAGAAACUGAACAAAACUCUAUUUAAAUUUUAUGGUCACUUUCUCUUCAAAGGAGUUCUAAGCAGUCUGGAAAUCCUAUUGGCCUAAUCUCUAUCCUUGACUAAACACUAUCACAGUAGUUAAAACCUUGGAUCAUUUUGUCAAACAGAAAUAUUGCAUUCUCUCAUGCUGCACGCUCUUUAUUUUUCACCUCUUCAGACAGAUCUUUGUAACUCAUUGUUACAAAUAAUGAGUGAAAGCAACACCUGUGAAUCUAAGUAGAGAAACAGAAUACAGACUUUCCAACUCUUCAUAAAUAAAUUCAAUUGAGUGGAUCACACUAGUAUUUCAUAAGAGCCUUCUUUGUCUCUAGAAAUAUUUUUAGUGCCUAUUCAUUCUCUUUAUCCAUAAAAAUAAGUGUGCUCAUCAAAGCACCAAAUUUCAUGUAGACUUCUUGUGAAUUUUUAUGCUACUAAAAAAAUAUAAUCUUCAGCAGGAAAAAGUCCUCAGAUUAAGAGGUCUGUAGAGAGUUACAAGGGGUCAUCUUCAAUGCACAGCCUAGUAUCUGUGUGUUCCUAGAAUUUGUCACAUAAUAAAGGCCACAUAAAAAUAAAGAAAAAAAAUCAUAAAGGGAAAACAACUAGGCUUAAGAACAGAGAUUCUGUUUCUUACACUUUUAAACCUUGGGGUUAGCUUCCACCACAUAGUAAGAUGAAAAGUUUUAUAGGUAGAUAUUUAUAAUCUCCAAAGGAACAGGGUAAAGGCUAAAAUCAGUUCUUCAUGGAAUGACUUUAUUUCAAAGCAUGCUAAAACAGUCUAAAAGAGGUCAGCACUGUACUGAUUAUGUCUCAUUUUUCAAGAAAGUAUCUUAACAGUGAAGCAGGGAUGCUUUUUAUAAAUUAUCUCCCUUUGAAAAGACUUAAAAGAUGGUCCUGCAAACUACUAAUAUAAGGACAUCAAAUGAAAGGAAGAAACAUCACAUCCAUUUAAUAGCAAGCUGGAUAUAUUUUCUUCAGGUUAGUCUAUGCACUCUCGUGAGUCAAAAUUCUAAGAUGCCAGGAUAAAUAAUUAGACAUGUUUACAUCUUCUUAAAGGAUAUUAUUAACAGUUGACCAUUAUGUCACUUGAAGAGUCAAGCAUAAUUUAAAACUGCCAGGUGAAAAUUAUAAAAUUAGAUAUUCAUUAAAUUAUGAUCAUUUGUAUUUUGACAGUCCAUAAUAGUUUUCAGAUUGCUAUGAAGACCUUUUGCGUGCCUUCUUACCCUUUGAUAGCUAAAUCCCUGUGGAGUUAUUAGUAUUUGACAGCUCUACAUAAAGUGGAAAUAAUUGGGUUUGACAUCUGAGAGUUUCUUAAUCCUCUUCAUCAAUAUUGCUGCAAUAAUUGAAAAUGUCACACUUCCUCAGAGAUAAUCUAGUAUUCCUACAUACUCUUAUUGUAAAGGUAGUGGCUAGUGAAAAUUGUUGGCAGAACAUGAGGUCAGCAUUAUGCAAUUUUCAACAGUUAAAACUUUCUGCCACUUAGGAUCUCUUAGUGGGCAUUUCAUAAUUUAGCACACAGUGUUUGAUUUUUUUAUCUCCUCUGCUCUCUAAAAAUUAUGAUGAGACUGGUUCCAGUAGCAUUAGCACUAAAAAUAAUAAAUAAUUAUAAUUAAUAAUGAAAUUCAACACUGAACAGUCUGAGCAACAGUUGUAAUAAACCUUCUGUUAGGCAAAAUUCUUUUAAAGAUCACUCUUCUGAAUUUCUUUGUCUCCCAUGUUUUGGAUUUAGACUUUGUUACAUUACAUCCUUGGAAUUCAACGCAAAUGUAAUCAAAGACAAAGAUACACUUUGAACAAUGACCAGAUGCCUGUUGAUUUCUGCCACAAAUUACUUCUACAAGACCAACUCAACUCAAGCAAAAAGUUUUAUGCCCCAAUUUAUCCUACCAUUCUUACAAUUUUAAAUUUCAUGCCAACCUUUUUUCUCCUACCCAAACAUUCCAGUCUACCUUGACCAACUAGAGUGUCGGAUCAUCUCUGUCUAUUGGUGACAUUUCUGAUCUUUUCAGUUGACACUCUUCAGCAUUUUUGUUCUUUCUUCCCUUCCAGUUCACACUACUUCCACCUUAUGGUGACUAGGUGUUGCUGAAGGAAUGGCAACAUCUUGCUCAGUCCGGUCAUCACAUUACAAUAGAAGAAUUGCUUAAGAUAGAGCACAUAAGUACAUCAUUUAGCUUUAUUGAAACAGGGUGAGUCUAGUUUAGUUCUGCAAAUCUGGUUACUUUUCAUAUUGUUUUCAUGAUGUUCCUUAUUUUCUUUUUUGUUAUAAAUGUGGCUUUAUUACUUUUCUCGUAAGAACCAUCUUGUUUUGCUUGUGUUUUUUUUUUUUUUUUUAAUCUACAGUAGAAAUGCAAGGGUUUUUCAAGAACUAUCCAUAUAUUCAAAUUUCUGCUUCAAAUUAGUGCUGCUCUUAAAUAAUUAAGGUUGUAAAAAAUCUACAUAUCUGAAAAAAUAUCAUUUCAUUAAUUGUCUCUCUUACUAUUCAUCUUAUGCAUUUGAGUAUGAAGGCUGAGGCACUGGCAGUUGUAUGAAUCCUUCCUUGUUUUCUGGCUCAAAGCUUGCUUUCUGAGGCAUUUCUUGCAAUAAGACUCUGACUUAGAUGAGAUAUGGGCGCUGCUGUGUGGCAAUCAAGGUCACUGUGUAGACAAUUUUACAUUUGAAAGCACCUUCCUCCAGAGCUUCUUCCCUCUGGAAGAGAGUACUCAGGAGUGGUUACUGGUGGAAGAUCUGGCCUGUGACUAAAUAGUCCCAGCUUGGUGUGGGAAAACUGGGGAAUGAUACCAUUGUGCCCUGUGAAAAACAGGAUGCAGAUGGGCAUCCCUGCUCCCUCUUAUCUGCUGGCAAGGCCUGGAAGAUGGUAACAAAGUAGUUUCUGCUGAGAUCCCAGAGCCAGUAGCUGCCACUCCAAGGAGGGCUGACUCAACCACUUUGGAUAUGAGCUGUCACUCAAAAGAGAGCUGAUUCGACCACUUUGGACUUAUAAAUAAGUUUGUACUGCCAUCGCAAUCGUUGUCAUCAUCGCCGUGGACACCACUGUCAACAGAACAACCACACCCAACGACCCACCACUACUGAAGACCAAUGACUGAACUACGAAUCAUGUUGGACCAUGGUGGUGACUAUCUCCUUCUUGCUUCCUAUAAAGACUCCUUGCUUCUAUUUUCUGUCUUUUCUAUCAUCCUUCUCCCCUUACCCAUCUCCCUGAAUGACUAGGAUUUGUAAUAAGCUGGUCGGACCAACAUUUGAACCGUUGUUUCUUAAUCUCAUGCCAGGUAUACAUAUAUCAAAGAACAUCCUCUACCUCCAAUAAAUUGGAGCAAGAGAGCUGUCCACCAGACUUCUCUGAAGGGGAGUCAAGCAGGGGAGGCAGGCAACCAUCAUGGCUGUGCAAGGACCUGCAGCGUAAACUGAGAGAAAAGGGGGAAAUGUAUAGAAGGUGAAAGCAGGGUUGUGUCCUGGGAGGAAUACACGGCUGUUGUCCAUGUGUGUAGAGAUAGGAUUAGGAAAGCCAAGGCACAGAUGGAGCUGAACUUGGCAAGAGAUGUGAAAGAUAAGAAGAAGGGGUUCUACAGGUACAUAGGCAGAAGGAGACAAGCCAAGGAGAGUGUCUCCCCUCUGAUGAAAGGCAAUGGGGAGCUGGCUUCCUCAGACAUAGAAAAAGCUGAGGUACUCAAUGAGUGCUUUGCCUCAGUCUUCAUGGGUGCACAGGCUUCCUGUGUCUGCCAGGACCAUGAGCCUCUAAGUGAGGGUGUGGGGGGUGGUUUCUGUCCCACUGUAAUGGUGGAAAAAGUCUGAGUCCUCCUCACAAAACUGAACGUAUAUAAGUCCAUGAGGCCAGAUGAUAUCCAUCUGAGGUUUCUGAAAGAGAUGGCUGAUGUGGUUGCUGAGCCACUCUCCAUCAUAUUUGAAAAAUCAUGGCUGCCUGGUGAAGUCUCUGGUGACUGGAAAAAAAGGGAAAUAUUACUCCCAUUUUUAAGAAAGGGAGAAAGGAGGACCUGGGGAACUACAGGCCAGUGAGCCUCACCUCCUUGCCUGGGAAGAUCAUGGAGCAGAUCCUCCUAGAAGCUAUGUUGAGGCACGUACGGGAUAAAGAGGUGAUCUGAGACAGCCAGCAUGGCUUCACCAAGGGCAGAUCGUGCCUGACCAAUCUGGUGGCCUUCUAUGAUGGAGUGAUGGCUUCGGUAGAUGAGAGAAGGGCUGUGGAUGUCAUCUACCUAGACUUCUGCAAGGCCUUUGAUGUGGUCCCUCACCACAUCCUUCUCUCUAAAUUGGAGAACUGUGGAUUUGAAGGAUGGACUGUUCAGAGGAUUAGGAAUUGGCUGGCUGGAUGCAGCCAAAGGGUUGUGAUCAAUGGUUCUGUGUCAGGGUUGAGGCCGGUCACAAGCGGUGUCCCUCAGGAGUCGGUCUUGAGACCGGUGCUGUUCAACAUCUUUAUCAAUGACACAGACAAUGGCAUCGAGUGCACCCUCAGCAAGUUUGCGGAUGACACCAAGCUGGGUGGUGCAGUCGACACAUUGGAAGGAAGGGAAGCCAUCCAGAGGGACCUGGGAAGGCUGGAGAAGUGGGCCCAUGAGAACCUAAUGAGGUUCAAUAAGGCCAAGUGCAGGGUGCUGCAUUUGGGUUGGGGCAAUCCCAGGUAUUUAUACAAACUGGGGGAUGAUCUCCUUGAGAGUAGCCCUGCGGAGAAGGACUUGGGGGUCCUGGUAGAUGAGAAGCUGGACAUGAGCCAGCAGUGUGUACUUGCAGCCCAGAAGGCCAACUGUGUUCUGGGCUGUAUUAAAAAAGGGGUGGCCAGCAGGGAGAGGGAGGUGAUUGUCCCCCUCUACUCAGCUCUUAUGAGCCCCCAUCUGGAGUACUGCAUCCAGGCCUGUGGCCCCCAGUGUAGGAAGGACAUGGAGCUCUUGGAGCAGGUCCAGAGGAGGGCCACUAAGAUGAUCAGAGGGCUGGAGCACCUCCCCUAUGAAGAAAGCUUGAGGGAACUGGGCUUGUUUAGCUUGGAGAAGAGAAGGCUCUGGGGAGACCUCAUUGUGGCCUUCCGGUACUUGAAGGGAGCGUAUAAACAGGAGGGGGAAUGACUGUUUACAUGGGUUGACAGUGACAGAACAAGGGGGAAUGUUUUUAAACUAAGACGUGGAGAUUUAGGUUAGAUAUUUGGAGGCAGUUUUUCACUCACAGGGUGGUGACACACUGGAACAGGUUGCCCAAGGAGGUUGUGGAUGCCCCACUCCUGAAGGCAUUCAAGGCUAGGCUGGAUGUGGCUCUGGGCAGCCUGGUCUAGUGACUGGCAACCCUGCCCACAGCAGGAGGGUUGAAACUGGAUGAUCUUUAAGGUCUUUUUCAACCCUGGUCGUUCUAUUAUUCUAUGAUUCUCUACAGAUAAUAUCCUCUAAAUAAUGAAGUAUAGCUAUUUUUACAUCUCUGCUUAUAUGCUCUGGUAGCUUCCUUUUCAUUUUUGGUACUAGGAAGUAAUUCAUUACAUUAUUAUGUAAUGUAAAACACUUCCUCUCAUUCUCCUCACUAUAUAAAUAUGUCCCUUACUCAGUCUCUCUAUCUCUCUGUAUAUACAUCUGUUUACUCAUCAAAGUUACUCAACAAACGAAUCAUGAUAUCUAAACAGGGAAAAUUUCAAUACGCUCUUCUUUUUUUCAUACACUUACACCCAACAUUUGAAGCACAAUCUGAAGUGUUCUAACACUAAGGCUUUAAGGCUUAGUUUUUAUUUAUUUAUUUAUUUUUAUUAAGUCUAUUAAUUUUUUUUUAAUUAAGUCUAAAUAGGUGGAGACUAAAAGAAUACACCAAGUAUUCUUUGAGAUCUUUGAGAUCUUCCCUCAGUAAUUUCAGAGCAUCUCAGUUAACAGUUCCAUCUACUAUUUUUUUUCCUGCCCUGUGCCCUAAAUCUACAGCAAAAUACUACUAAACCAGUUUACAUCUCUUCCUCAGUCACAGGUGAAAUGCUAUACUCUGAAACUGAUUAACAAACUAAUUUGUCUGUUUAUCAUUUAUACCAGUAAACUCAGCUUUCCUUCUACAUAUUCUUCUUCAUGUUUGCAAGGAAUUCCCCAUAAAUACAUCAUAGACACUUCCUAUGCUCCUUUUAUCCCCGCUUUAAAUCUUUUAUGUAAAUCCUGCCUUUUCAGGGAAGCCUACAGUACCUUUGACAUCGAAAUGCCAGGAAGUAAUCUAUCUUUUUAACCAGCAUGGUUUUUCAGGUUUCUUUACUCUUCUGUUUUUUCAUACCUAUCCACUAUCUUAUGUCUUAGACUUUAUUCCUAAGUAUGUAUCUGGGACAAAUUUCAUUUAUUAACUCAAUUUGCACAACAGCUAGUUGAUGUUAUGAUUUAUACCCACACGGGGAAAUUAAAUAAAUAGCCUAUCUUUCCCCUGAUAGUUUCAAAAUCUGGUUUUCAGAACAUUUGCAGAGCAAAAGGGGAGCUGCAUAAAGUCACUUGGCUACUAAGCACAAAACAUAAUUUCAAAGAACAUUUUUCUCAAAUAUAGGAAUGCAUGCUUUUCAGUUGUGCUGAUUCUCCUAAGUACUUUUUGCUUUCUAUAAUCUUUCACUUCCCCAUCUCGUUAAACAAAAAAACCUUGCAAAAAAAUGAAUAUGAGUUCAGAUGCACAAAGAUGACAGUAGAAUCUGUGGGUUUAUAGAUAAACCUGCUUAUUAAUUAUAAGGCAUAUAAGUAACGUUUGUUCAUUAAUCUCUUCCCAUUAACUUCAGCAAGUACUUGAUCAAACCUUAAAAUAUUGUCUUAAAUCAGAAAUGAAGUAAACAUGACUGAAAGAUACACAUGCACACAGGUUGAGAUUUUUCAUUCAGGAAUAUCUCCAGAGAGGUUUAUCCAGCUAAAUGUUUACUGUUUUAGUAGGGAAUAACAGUUUUAUCAGUAACUACAUGAGUGGGUCCCUUCCAAAUCAGGAUAUUCUAUGAUUGUGUGAAUACUAAGCAGGUGUUCCUCGGCAUUCUGAAUUUCUGAAUGUGUAUUACUCCUUCAAACUCUUGAGAAUAUUAUAUAAAGAGUUGGAAUGGUUUUGAUGAAACCCAUGAAAAUCUGUUGCACUCUGUUCACUGAUGAGAGUCAAGCAGACUCAGAAGCAUUAGCUUUCUAUUCUGUCUCUGGAAGACUUUGAAUUCAACCCACUUAUUGUUUAAAAGUUCCAGUUUGCUUGAUUUAGAAUAUAUAUAUAUAUACCUAGCCCUCCACACACAUAUAUACACUCUUUCAUAACAGUUGAGGGGAACAACAACGUCCUUUCAAUCUGAGGCUUUGAACGCAGUUUCACAAGUGAGAAGUUCUUACCUGAAGAAUGAACAAGUAUUAACAUAAAAGAAAGGAAGAGUACAAAGGAGAGAAAAAGAAAAGAAAAACUAACCUUGUCA